AUGAAUGGUUCCCAGGGUGAUGUGGAGUCCAUUGCGUCUAAAAAUCCCAAGGAACUCACGGUGCUUCUCGAGCAGAUUUCUGGCUCUGAAGAGCUCAAGAGAGAUUAUGAGGAUCUGGAAGAAAAAAAGGCUAGAGCUGAAGAAAGUGCAGCACUUGCAUAUCAGAAGAAGAAAACAGUAGUGAUGGAGAGAAAGCAGAAGAAAGAACAGAAAGAAGAAGCAGAGAAGCAUCUUCGAUUGCAGGACCAAUUGAAAUCGUUGAAGAAAGAACACUACUUAUGGCAAUUGUUUAACAUUGAGAAAGAUAUUACAAAGGCAAAUGAGGAUGUUGAUAAUGAAAAGAAGAGCCGUGAAGAUGUCAUGCGAGAACUAGAGAAUUUUGAACGUGAAGCAAGUAAGAAGAAGAAAGAACAAGCCAAGUAUCUGAAAGAGAUUGCACUAUGCGAAAAGAAAAUUGCUGAGAGAAGCAGUAGACUUGACAGAAGUCAACCUGAGCUUUUGAAGUUAAAAGAGGAAAUGUCUCGGAUAAAAUCAAAAAUUGAGAGCAGUCGAAAGGAGAUUGAUAGAAGGAAAAAAGAAAGAGGGAAACAUGCUGAUGAGGUGAAAAAGCUGAGAAAAGGAAUACAGGAUUUGACAGCUAAAUUGGAAGAUUUGAAUGAGAAAAGUCGAGAUGAUGGUGGAAAACUUCCAUUGCUUGAUAGUCAACUGGAAGAAUAUUUUCGAAUAAAAGAGGAUGCUGGAAUGAAAACUGCUAAGCUGCGAGAUGAGAAAGAAGUUUUGGAUAGGCAACAACAUGCUGAUAUUGAAGCGCAGAAGAAUUUGGAAGAAAAUCUCCAGCAGUUGAGUAAUAGAGAGCAUGAACUGGAUGUGCAAGAAAACCAAAUGCGUUCGCGGCUAAAGAAGAUUCUUGAUUCUUCUGCAGAACACAAGGAUGAGCUCACAAAUCUGAAAAAAGAAUUGCGAAUGAUGCAAGAUAAACAUCGAGAUUCCAGGAAUAGCUACGAAAAUUUGAAGACUAAAAUCCGUGAAGUUGAGAACCAAUUGCGUGAACUGAAAGCUGAUAGAUAUGAAAAUGAGAGGGAUACUAGAUUGUCUCAAGCUGUUGACACUCUGAAGCGUCUCUUUAAAGGGGUUCAUGGCCGCAUGACCGAUCUGUGUAGACCAACUAGGAAGAAGUACAACCUUGCAGUUACUGUUGCUAUGGGUAAAUUUAUGGAUGCAGUAGUAGUUGAGGAUGAAAAUACUGGAAAGGAAUGCAUUAAGAGGAAAUGCUUGAUGCUCUUAGGCCUUAACUUUUCCACAUUUGAUCCUGCUUUGGAGAGGGCAAUCCUUUUUGCUGUCGGGAACACUCUAGUAUGUGAUGAUCUUGAUGAAGCCAAGGUUCUUAGCUGGAGUGGAGAAAGAUUUAAAGUUGUAACUGUUGAUGGGAUACUACUCACAAAGUCCGGCACAAUGACCGGUGGUACAAGUGGUGGGAUGGAAGCAAAAUCUAACAAAUGGGAUGAUAAAAAAAUUGAGGGGCUUAAGAAAAAGAAGGAAGAGUAUGAAGCACAACUGGAAAAGCUUGGAUCAAUUAGGGAGAUGCAGCUUAAGGAAUCUGAAAUGUCUGGGAAAAUUAGUGGACUUGAAAAGAAGAUUCAGUAUGCUGAGAUUGAAAAGCGUAGUAUUGAGGACAAACUUGCGAACUUGAAUCAGGAGAAAAGGAAUAUUAAAGGAGAAAUUGAUCGCAUAAAUCCUGAACUUUAUAAGAUAAGAGAAUUUGUUGAUAAGAGGAACACUGAUAUCAGGAAGCUGGAGAAGAGGAUAAAUGAGAUUGUUGACCGUGUCUACAGAGAUUUUAGUCGGUCUGUGGGGGUGACAAACAUUCGCGAGUAUGAAGAAAACCAGCUCAAGGCUGCCCAAGAGACAGCUGAAGAAAGACUUAACUUGAGUAACCAGCUGGCAAAGUUGAAAUACCAGUUGGAGUAUGAACAGAAACGGGAUGUGGAGUCACGAAUUAAGAAGCUGGAAACCUCUCUAAGUUCUUUGGAGAAUGACUUACGACAGGUGCAGAAGAAGGAGGUUGACAUCAAGUCAGCAACAGAAGAAGCUACUGGUGAGAUCAAUCAAUGGAAGGAGGAAAUGCAAGCAUGGAAGUUGAAAUCAGAAGAGUGUGAGAAGAAAAUCCAGGAAUGGAAGAGGCAGGCUUCUCAAGCGGCAACAAGCAUAUCAAAGCUUAAUCGACUAAUACAUUCUAAGGAGACACAAAUUGAGCAGCUGAUAACACAGAAACAGGAAAUAUUGGAGAAAUGUGAUUUGGAGCACAUUAACCUUCCUAUUAUAUCAGAUUCAAUGGAGAUCGACAAUUCUGCCGGAGGCCCAUUCUUCGACUUUAGUCAGUUGAACAGAUCUCUCCUACAGGAACGGAGAUCAUCUGAUCGUGAAAAGAUUGAGAUGGAUUUUAAGCAAAAAAUGGAUGCUUUAGUAUCAGAAAUUGAAAAAACGGCUCCUAAUCUAAAGGCACUUGAUCAAUACGAGGCUUUACUAGAAAAGGAACGAGUUGUUACUGAAGAGUUUGAAAAAGCCAGGAAAGAGGAUAAGCUAGCUGCAGAUGCGUUUAACACAGUCAAACAGAAGAGGUAUGAUUUAUUUAUGGAAGCUUUCAACCAUAUUUCUAGUAACAUCGACAAAAUCUACAAACAAUUAACAAAGAGCAAUACACAUCCUUUGGGUGGAACGGCAUAUCUGAACUUGGAAAAUGAGGAUGAUCCAUUUCUACAUGGCAUCAAGUUUACAGCCAUGCCACCAACGAAGCGUUUUCGUGAUAUGGAGCAGUUAUCUGGUGGAGAAAAGACUGUUGCAGCACUUGCAUUACUCUUUUCCAUUCACAGCUAUAGACCAUCGCCAUUUUUUAUAUUGGAUGAAGUUGAUGCUGCAUUGGAUAAUCUAAAUGUUGCUAAAGUAGCUGGAUUCAUCCGUGGCAAGUCAUGCAGUGGAGCCAGGAGUAGUCAGGAUGCUGAUGGCAGUAAUGGCUUUCAAAGUAUUGUAAUAUCACUGAAGGACAGCUUUUAUGAUAAAGCUGAGGCAUUGGUUGGGGUUUACAGGGAUUCAGAAAGAAGCUGCUCAAGAACUCUGACAUUUGACCUGACUCGAUAUCGGGAGUCAUGGUGAUCCAACUGCAUGUGGUAACGAUUAGCUAUUAUUUCUGUAUAUACUCAUUGUAAAUAUGUUCACAUAAAAAUAGGCAUAGGGUGGUGGCUUGAUGUUGGAUUCUUUAUGCUCGUUCAGGGAUGUGCUAUGUAUGUGAACAAAUUGGAGAGAUUUUUAUAUAUUUGACUUGGAGUAUAUUGGAAGUAUAUUGGAAAGUCUGGGGCUAUCCUUUUCCUAAAAGCUUGUACUAAAUUUUAUAGAUUAGAUAGAGAAACAUGGGAAAUUAAUCAAUGCAAAAAAGUGACAGGGAAA